AUGGUUAACCCUCAAUACUUGGGCAGCGUUGCUGCCAGAGCACUGAUUUACUUCAGCGCACGGCCAACUUCCAACACACAGCCAUCCUCUAACAACUCCACCAACUUAGGGACCCAGAUCCAGGCUGCGGAUAGGUCUGAAUACUCUCAAAAUACUGCGAAUGCUGUCACUGCCCUGCAGGGCUGGUACAACAAGGACACUGGUUUAUGGAGGACUACCGGAUGGUGGAAUGCAGCCAACUGCUUGCAGGUCCUCAUGGACUUUACGCUAUACGACAGGGCCAAAUCCGACAGCCUGGGCCUGCGCGGCGUUGCGUCCAACACCUUUACGCAGGCGCAGCAGAACACAGCGAUGGCCCACAAGGUCAUGCAGGUGGACACCGGUAUGGUUGUGUCUGCCUACGAACCCCUGCUUAACGGCAUGGCCAAGCGGGGCAAGGAGUUUCAAAAGCUUGCAAAGAGGCAAGGCUUCGGCGGCUUCAUCAACGACUUUUACGACGACGAGGGCUGGUGGGCCCUGGCCUGGAUCCGGUCCUAUGACAACUACAAGGACCCGGGCCAUCUCGACAUUGCCGAGAACAUUUUUGAGGACAUGCGCAAGGGCGGCGACGACACUUGCGGCGGUGGCAUCUGGUGGAGCAAGGAGCGCAAGUACAAGAAUGCCAUCGCGAACCAGCUCUACCUGGCCGUCGCGGCGUCGCUGUCCAACCGGUCCGGGACCAAAAAGAGCAGCUCAUACUACCGCGACAUUGCCGUCAAGCAAUGGGCGUGGCUCAAGGGCAGCGGCAUGAUCAACAAGGACAACCUCUUCAACGACGGCCUGACCAUCAACCCCAACGGGAGCUGCACAAACAACGGCAUGCAGACGUGGACCUACAACCAGGGCGUCGUGCUCGGCGGCCUGGUCGAGCUCUCGGCCCAGACGGGUGACAAGACGCUCAUCGACGACGCCUACCGGAUCGCCACCGCGGCCGUGACCAAGAUGACGACGCCCACGGGGAUUCUCAAGGAGUCGUGCGAGCCGGGCAACUGCGGAGGCGACGGUCCGCAGUUCAAGGGCGUCCUCGCUCGCAACAUCAGGCAGUUGGUGUUGGCGGCGGACAGCCAUGCGAACCGCGCGAUGCUCCGGGACUUCCUCCUCAGGAAUGCCGACUCGGUUUGGGCCAAGGAUAGGAACCCGGCCAACAACCAGCUCGGCAUCGUCUGGUCGGGGCCGUACAACGCUGGAAAGGAGCCCAGCGCGGACACGCAGUCCUCUGCCAUGGAUGUUCUUGUUGCCGCCAUGGCAGUGGCUUAG